AUGGCCGCCGUGCUCAACCUCACCGCCCCCACCGCCUUCCUGCUGGGCGAUGGGGCCCACGGGCAGGACUACCACAACGCUGCCCUCCAGCCGGGCUCGGACUACACGGCCCUUCUCCGCCUCGUCCGCCGCUCUCAGCAGGCAGAGAAGUUCACCUGCGUGUGCUACAGCUUCUCUUUUGGUGUGUGCAAGCCGAAUACCCAGAUCCCAGUGGAGGACCUGCUGGAGGCUGUGAAGAGGUUUCAGAGGGCAGAAAUAGAGGCAGAGCAAACGGAGGAUGAAUCUAUCGACAGGCAUGGCGCUGGGCGUCUGAGGGAGUAUCAGCAACUGUCCUCCACCUUGUUAUAUCCCUGCAAUGCCGGGAAGGAGCUGUGUAAUCAGAGCAAGAACCGCUACAAGAGCAUCAUCCCAUAUGAUCACUGCCGUGUGGUGCUGCAGCGCUCUGACACGGGGAACAGCUACAUCAACGCCAGCUACGUGGAUAGCUACCGGAGUCCACACUUCUUCAUUGCAGCUCAAGGCCCCUUGCCUGAGACGGUGGUGGAUUUCUGGCAGAUGGUUUGGCAGGAGAAGACCUCAGUCAUUGUGAUGCUGACGGGCUUAGUGGAGCAGAACAAGACCAAGUGUGAGCAGUAUUGGCCAGAGCAGGAGCAGGUCUACGGGGACUUCACUGUGACACUCAACAACACCAGAACCACCACGGGCCUUGUCACUCGCAUCUUCUGCCUGCAGAAGGCAGGCUGUGGUCUCCCAAGAGUGGUGGAGCAGUUUCAAUACCUGCUGUGGCCAGACCACGGGGUCCCCAGAAACCCUGCCCAGCUGCUGUGCUUAGUGGAGGUGGUGAACAAGCGGGGGGUGGAAGUGGCUGCUGGACCUGUGCUGGUGCACUGCAGCGCAGGGGUUGGGCGCACGGGUACCUUCAUCGCCCUUGACUUCCUCCUGAAGAUGGCGAAGGCCGAGGGGAAAGUGGCUGUGUUUCACUGCGUGCAGAGGCUGCGGGAGCAGCGCGUCAGCAUGGUGCAGACCAAGGAGCAGUACACCUUCCUGUACGAGGUGCUGCUGGAAGGCUUGCUCUGCGGCAACACCGGGGUCCCAGUGGAGAGCAUUGCCAGCCACAUUCACUGCCUUCGGGAAGCUGAGACCUCAAGGCACAACAGUGUCCUAGAGAAGGAGUUCAAGGCUCUGCAGAAGUUUACCGAGUUGUUCCAGCUCCUGCCAUGCAGAGAAGCGGAGAAACCCAGCAACCAGCCCAAGAACCGCAAGACAGGGAUCCUGCCAGCAUCCCGGUGUGUUUUGCAGACGUACACAAAGGAGGACAGACUCAUCGUCACGCAGAUGCCUCUCCCCACCACGCUGGUGGAUUUCUGGGCUCUGAUCUGGGAUUACACCUGCACAUCAGUGGUUGUCCUGAAUCAGCUCCAGGAGCUGGACAAGACAUACGUGGAGUUCUGGCCCACCCAGGGCGAAGCUGCCUAUGGCCGUUUCCAUGUCCACCUGAUCUCAGAGGAGCCCGGAGCUGGCUUCACCGCCUGGACACUUGCCGUCACCAACAAGCAGCAGCCCAAGAAGCCUGCACUGGAAGUCCAGUUCUGGCAACUGAAGGACUGGCCCAUGCAGCAGCGUCUUCCCCCACACCCUGCUACUAUCAUCAGCCUGCUAGGGAAGGUGGAGACACACCAUCGGCAGAGCCAAGACGGACAUAUCCUCGUCACAUGCUGGGAUGGUGCCAGCCGGAGCGGAAUCUUCUGUGCUGCUAGUUUCCUGUGUGAGCAGAUCCAAAGCGAGGGGCUGGUGGAUGUAUCCCAGGCUGUGAGGAUGAUGAAGAGGCGGCGGAGACAGAUGAUUAAAGAUGUGGAGCAGUAUGGGCUCUGCUACGAACUAGCCCUCAGCUACUUGAAUUCAUUUGAAACCUAUGGGAAUUUCAAGUAG